GUGCUAAAGUAGAUGUGAUUAAGGCUGAGGCAGAAAUAGAAAUGAUAGAUCGAUUUGGUGAAAAAAAAACAUCAUUACUUUUGAAAAUAUCCUUGUCCUUGCAUAACUCAGUUAAUUUUGUAAAUUCUGAUAAUCCUUUUUGA